AUGGUAGUAGAACUGAGGGGGGACAAAGAAUGUCGCCGAGUAAGACUCUUGAUCGAUACUGGAUCCCACAAGUCAUAUAUUACAAGAAAAAUUGCCGAAGAGAUGGGGUACCCUCCAGUUCGAGAAGAACAGCUAGUACAUUCACUCUUUGGAGGAACCCAAACUGAAUCUGUGAGUCAUAGAUGCUUCAGAAUUUCUCUACAUAGUCUUACUGAAGACUGCUGUUGCAACUUCGAAGUUUUGGAUCAACCUUUGAUUUGCAACCACGUAAGCUCAGUGAAGAAGGGACCUUGGCUGGAUGAACUGAAACAAAUGGGAGUAGAAAUUACUGAUACUACAGAUGGGCCAAUUGAUGUUUUGGUUGGUGCCGACAUAGCCGGAAAACUUUUUUCCGGACGUAAACAAGAUUUGGAUUGUGGACUUGUAGCGGUUCAUACAUUACUAGGUUGGACACUCAUGGGAAAACUGAAAUCAGAAUACUCCUCUAAGACAUCCCUUCUUGUAACUUCGAUGUUUUCGAAAAAUGUGGCCAUAUGUGACUUAUGGAACCUAGAUGUCCUUGAUAUUCAAGCUCCUGAAAGAUCUGAAUCACAACGGGAACAAAAAACACUUGUUAUGGAACAUUUUCUAACUACAGUUAAACGAAGAGAUGACAGGCGAUAUGAAGUGUGUAUGCCUUGGAUUGAAGGUCAUCCCCAUUUAUCAUCCAAUUUCGAUUUAUCCUAUAAAAGACUCCUCGACACUGUGAAAAAGUUGAAAAAGGACAAUUUCUACAACGUCUACGAUAGCGUCUUCGACAAUUGGUUAGCUGAGGGAGUUAUAGAAUGUUCGUCAGAAAAUGAACCUCUUGAAAAAUCAUCUCAGUCUGGUCAUUUUUUACCUCAUCAUCCAGUAUAUAAGCCCAGUAGUACCACAACACCUGUACGUCCAGUUUUUGAUGCUUCGUCAGGAGCAAAGAAUCAACCAUCUUUGAAUCAGUGCCUUGAGAAAGGAAUCAAACUCAUUGAAUUAAUUCCAUCUAUGAUUCUACGUUUCCGCUUGGAUAAGAUAAGAAUCACAGCUGAUAUAAGAAAGGCAUUUCUUCAGAUUGGAUUACAACAAAACGAUAGAAACUUUUUAAAGUUUCUUUGGUAUGAUAAAAACGGAAAAAUAAAAAUUUAUAAACAUGCCCGUGUCGUAUUUGGAGUAACUUGA